AGGUGAAAGGGAUCCCUUUCGCGGAAGAUGUUUCUGAGAAAAGUGUGCCUUCUGUAGUAACUUCUUCAGUUUUAUGUCUCAUAAGAAAUGAAAGUAGUGUACAGGAGUUUAAUCCUAAUGGGAUCGUUAGGAGAGGGGUUAUUUUUUGUAUCAGGCGAUGAGCCUGACAUUUCUCGAACUGUCACUCUUGAUGCAACAACAACGUCGCUUGGUUCACUUGCCAACAGAAGUCGGGAACAUGCAGAUCCACUUAACCACUGUGGGAAUGGCUCUCUAGUUGGCCCUCUUAGUUUACUUGUCCAAGGAUUAUUAGCUUUUCUAGCUUUUACGUCACUUAUAGUUAAAAGGUGCUGUGAACCAAAACAUGAAAGAAGGACAUGGAUUAUAUGGUUUUACGACACUUCCAAGCAGGCCAUUGGAGCUGCUGUGAUCCACUUUGCCAACCUUUUUUUGGCUGAUGUUUUUACAGGAGAUCCGUGUACAUGGUAUUUUGUGAGCUUCCUAUUGGAUUCCACCAUUGGUUUGAUCAUCAUAUACAUAGGGCUGAAAUUGUGCCAGUAUAUUGUUAUAAAGAAGGGCUGGGAUUCUCUUCGGUUUGGAGAAUAUGGCAAGCCUCCCUACUGUAAUAUGUGCCGUGCCUGGUUUGGCCAGUGCCUGCUCUAUAUCCUUGUCAUGCUGGUGGAAAAGGUGCUUAUGACUUUGCUGGUACAGUUUCACUUUUGGGUGGAUGUCAGAGAGUUUCUGAUGUCCUGGGUGAAGAGCAAGAAUCUGGAGGUGGUGAUUACAGUGUUUAUUGUGCCUUUGGUGGUAAAUGCUUUUAUCUUCUGGGUAGUUGACAACUUCUUGAAGAGGAAAAUUCGCAAGUCUGUUCUGGUGGAUACAAACAGCGAUCCUGAGGCUACCAUGAAGUUUUUCAAAUCCUCAGACAGGGUGAAAUAUUAUCACAAACUUGCUAAGACAGAUGAUGCUCAUUGCCUUCUGGCCAAUGAUGACGAUUCAGAUGGCCGAUACUCACAUUCUGAAUCUCUGCAGGGUGAAAUUAGGGAGCGUCUUGUUGACACAUAGCAGAACAAGUAGACUAUAGUAUGUCUCAUGGAAAAGUUAUUAUGCUACCACGUUGUGCCAAUUAGAGUAGGUUUAUUUACAGAAACAGCUGAGUACAAAUCUACACAGCAUAUGGAAUUUUUAAUUUUUGUUUUUGUGAAGUUUCCAGUGCAUAUUGUAGUCUUUGUGUUAAAUGUUGACCUGUUUUGUAUUUAUUUCUCUGUUUAUCCCUUUCAACAUUCUUUGUGGAUAUUAAAUAUCAAUUUUUCUUGCAUGAUUUAUAGGACAUUUUACACAGAUCUUGCUGGUAGAAAAUGUACAGAAAGUGCUUGCAUUGUCUCAUAUCCAUGCGUAAUCCAUGAAGGUUGGGUAAAUGUGUUGAAAAAGAUAUUUAUGACUGGAAUCACUGGCUAUUAUUAUUGAUCUUUCAUUAUUACCAAUUACCUGUUCAUACAUUUAGUUGAAGCAAGGAGGAUGAAAUGCUGUUGUGGUAUAUACGGUAUAGAAAAUUCUUCAUUAUAAGUUUGUUGGUGUCUUUAGAGAGCAAUACUCAUGGCAAUAUCCUUAAACCUGGUCAAAUACAUAAAUUUCUUUUAUUCUCUUUAAUAUGUUGAAUAUGUGAAGAAAUCAAGAAUAUUUUUUUUUAUUUUGAAAGUGAAAUUAAGUUCCAUUUGUAUUUAAAGAGUCUGUUUUAGUAUACUACAAUAGACUGUACUUGCAUCUUAACAGGAUUAUUACUGGAAUGGCACUAUUCAAGCAUGGUUAGUUCAUUUGCAUGGUCGUAUUCAUACAAAAAGUCCACCUCUCUUUUGAUAAAGAGUAUUCAUGUUAAAAUUAGUUCAAAUAUUUUCCCUAUAGCAAACACUUUAUUUUAACUAUUUAUUAUUAUUUAACUAGCUUAGUACCCACCGCCCUGAUAAAUGUAGUGAUACAUCUACCUCCUAGAUUAAGGUAUGGUUAUGGUGUUAUUUGAACUAUUGCCAAAAUGCAUGAAAUGUUAUACUCCAUAAAUGGUUGUACAAUCAGUAUGAAAGGUAAAUCUGUGGAAAAAAUGUUAGGUAAAAAAAAAAAAAACUAUGCAGAAUUAACAGUUGUACAUAUAUUAUUGUCAUAUCACAUUGCAGCUGGUACAUGUAUGUAAAGUACUUGCUUGUUUCUUUAAAAUAAUCACACACUUAUUGGCUAAAAUUGGCCCACACUUUAUCGCCACAAUGACUAUAGACCGGCUGAAUCAACAAUAUACACUGUAUAUUGUAGACUUUUCCUGAACCUGGUUGAAUGAGUUUUAAAGUUGAGAUAUUGUGUGCUUGUUUGUUAACUUGUUCAUCUAGGAUUAUUUAUGUGAAUUUGAUUAAGUUUUAUUCUUGUAUUAAAAUUUCACAGUGGUCAUUUAAGUAGAAAGGACCAAAAUUUUAAUAAAUGUUCUCAAAAUAGUCCUUAUCUCUGGACUUUUAUCUGAUACGUCAUUGGAAACACUGUGAAAUUGUUUAAGUGAUAGGAGUAUGUAAUGUGUACCAGCCAGAUUAAGGUAUCGUAAACACUGGAAGUGAUAAGGUCUUAUUUGUAAUGUUUGGAUGUAUGAUGUAUGUCUGUUACCUAAACCGUCCAGUUUUUAACAUUUGAAGGUAAGAAACUGAAUGUUUGUUAGCUUCUGAAAAAGAAGUAUAAAUAAUGUGUAAGAUGAACAUUGUGUUAUGUAGCAUUGUGAUAGACUGUAUGCCUGUCAUGGUCACAAUUAUUCAUAUCAUUGGCAUGGUAUAACUGCAGAUGUAAAUCAUAUCGUAUCUGGAAUUUGAAUCUUUGGUAUGCUGUAACAACACAAAAAUCAUAUCUGGAAUACGAAAUUCCUCUCAAAAUUCAGUUGUCUGGGCAUUGUCAUCAUAACACAUACCUUGUGUCUUUUAUUGGUUUCAAAAAAAUUGGGCGUUGAAUUUUCAUGUUUACUUUUCAGAUCUAUCCUCUGACAGAUCUAUCUUCUGACAGAUCUAUCUUCUGACAGAUCUGUAGACAAAUAUUUUAAAGAAGACCGCAAAUUGUCUGCAGAAGUAUCAGAAUUGCUUAAAGGGUGCAUGAAAUGCCUUUUUGAUUUCUUAAUACAGAUUAUAUGAAGUGGCCUAACAUAUGAAUGUUCAAAAAGCUUCUCAGCUUUCUUCUUAGGGCGCAAAAAUAGCUUUAUACUACAGUUUUCUUAAGGUCCCAGCAGACAGUCGGAAAAUAAAGUAGCCCGCUGUAGUGACGCCAACGAUGAGAGCUGUCAAAACAAAUUUGUUAGGUGGAGAAAGUCCGAAGCUCGUCCCGUGUUCCAAGUAAAUUCAUUGAUGCGGAAAUUUCCGAGUCUAGUAGGGAUUAUUAAGAAAUAUAAAAAUACCUCAAAAGUGAAAAAAGAAUUCUUAAUUUUUGCCAUAGGUUUCUAGAAAAUCAGACUCUGCGUUUCACAUAAACCUUACAGGGCCUGUGUCGCUAUCUACACACUUGCUUUACAUCAUUCGCAUCACUACACCAGCUUGACUUUUGGAGCGCUUGUGAGCCUCAGCUUUUUUUGUCCUGGCGUGGACCUGUUUAAUCAGCAAUUAUAAAUAAAAUUGUCCAAGUGUUCGUUAGGAUCAUGUACACAGUUUAGAUAUUAAAGGCAAUGCAUGGUGUGUACCAGGUAUAUAAAUGUAGGCAAGGGUUGAGGCAGAUUGUUUGUGUUUUCUGACAUUCACAGUCUGUCUCAUAACCACGACCUCAGUGACGUCGGGCUUGUUCAACAUUCCUAUACAAAUUUGUAAGUGGUGGCAUUGAGCGGCGCAUGCGCUGUAAGGAGUAUGUUCUUUGUGUAGUACUUGUUAUUUUUCAUGUAUCCUUCAAGUAUAUGUGUCCUUACUUGUUUUUCUUUUUUUUUCUGUUGUAUGCGACUUCUUCAUUUUGUAUGCAUUACUUUCUUUGCUAUAUCCACUGUACGAUCACAGUUUGGACAAUAUGGUAAGAGUUCUCAAAAUGACCAGUUACCUGUAUUCUUUUCUAAUAUUGCAUGUGCAGAGAACCAAAUUUUAGUCCCAGCAAAAUUUUAAACGUAUUCUACAAAUAUAUAAACCUCCAUAUUGAUACCUUUUAUGUAACUUGAGCAUUUUUACAAACUAUUCUGACCUCAAAUCCAGCUGUUGCCCUUAGAGAAAGCGCAAUAUUCAUCAUUAGCUUAUGACUGACAAUCAUUGAUGAAGGGUUUUGUGUCUGAGUUCCAUAUUUAAGAUAAAUAUCAUUUAGAGUAUCGCGUUUUUAUUUGGUACUAAAUUAACAAUGUUGAUUUUCAAGAGUUUCAUAAUGGUCACAAGUAACAUGUUUAUGAGUACUAUGGUUUUUCUAUUGUAAGAAUUAGGGAGAGGUACAUUUGAUUUAUGUCUUGUUCCCGUUUUUGUAUUUUUUGUACUGGUUUUGGGCUUUUUUUCACAUGUUGACAAUUGAAAUUUGCUGC